CAAAAUAUACUUAUAAUAUGAAAAGUGCCUCCGGCCUCCCUCCUAAAUUUGGGGUUUACAGUGAAUAAUAAAUGAAAAAAGCUUUUUAUCUUCAAUUUCUAGUGUGAAAAGGGAAACAAUUCCAAUCAUCUCUUUUGAUUGAUUAUCUCCUCCGUCACCGGUGCCCUCAAUCUCGCCGGCGCCGCCGUAUCAAAUUCUAAUUCCGAUGAGAGAAACCCUAGCAUCAACUCCACCAAUUGAAGAAACAGCCUGGAUUCAUUCUCACCAAACAUUAUCUCCUCGCUGGCAAUCCAACACUCUUUCUCCACUGUCUGCAAUUCCAAUUGCAAUAUCCAGAGUUAACCAGGUGGAUGCAGGCAGGCUCGAUAUCGAAAUGUCAGCUAUGUUGAAAGAACAAAUGGUUAAGGUUUUCUCCGUAAUGAAGCCAGGAUUAUUAUUUCAAUAUGAAGCAGAACUUGAUGCAUUUCUGGAGUUUCUUAUCUGGAGGUUCUCGAUAUGGGUCGAUAAACCUACUCCGGGAAACGCUCUCAUGAAUCUGCGAUAUAGAGAUGAACGUGCCACGGAUAUUAGAGGAAAAAUUAGGACGGGAUUGGAGGGACCUGGACUCACCGUUUAUCAGAAAUUAUGGUAUUGUGUAGCAACAGUUGGUGGUCAGUAUAUCUGGACCCGUCUGCAGUCCUUCUCUGCUUUCCGUCAAUGGGGUGAUUCUGAACAGAGGUCACUAGCUCGUCGAGCAUGGCUUUUAGUACAACGUAUUGAAGGAUUUUAUAAAGCUGCUUCUUUUACCAAUCUGCUUAUAUUUCUUUACACUGGGAGGUACAGGAAUCUGAUCGAAAGGGCUAUACGAGCGAGACUUGUUUACGGGAGUCCUCAUAUGAACCGUGCAGUUAGUUUUGAGUACAUGAAUAGACAAUUAGUUUGGAAUGAAUUCUCGGAAAUGUUGCUGUUGCUUCUCCCCCUUUUAAAUUCUUCCUCCAUGAAGAGUUUUCUUCGUCCAUUUUCAAAGGAUAAUUCUUCAGGAUCAGGCGGAGAUGAAACACUAUGCCCCAUCUGUCAGGCCAAUCCAACAACUGUGUAUCUUGCUCUUCCUUGCCAGCACAGGUAUUGUUAUUACUGUCUGAGAACGCGAUGUGCCGCAACUCCAUCAUUCCGGUGCGCACGAUGCAGUGAACCAGUUGUUGCAAUGCAACGGCAUGGCGGUUCAAUUAACACCGAAAAGAAUGACUAGUUUCUAGAAGAAUGGAUGAAAAUGGGCACAGAAUGGGCUUUAUACAUAUAGAUAUUUAACGAGGAAUGAACAUUCCCUAUGAAACAAAAGCAAUUGAUUCUGCUUCAUUUACAAUAAUCAUUCUUUCACAAUUGCUUAAUAGUUUUAUAGUAUAUAGCUGUUUGUUUUUCUGGAAGCAUUACGUUCUAGGUUGCCAUGUGAUCAAUCGGUUUUAGACUUCUGGUGGUGGUCUGAUGGAUGGCCAGACAUGUAAGUUGAUGGGGGCAUUAGUGCAUUUCUAUGAUGAAUUGUGUUGCUAUAUUAGACUUUUCUUUGAAAUAUUAGAACCAUUUACCAUUCUUACA